AUGGCAGAAGUCGCAGCUGGUGUCAUCGCAGUCGAGCAAGUCGUCUCAACCGGCCUUGAAGUCGGCGCCGCAGCCACCGUAGCUCGUCCCACGCAGCCUCUCACUGCAGUCUUGAGCCAAAUCGCUACAACCCCGAAAGACGAUGACUCGUAUGUCCCUCACGCAGUGCUUGGCGGCAGUGCUAACAAGAGUAGUCUGUCCCUUGCGAGAUCUCAUCAUAGCGUCAGUGUCAUCGAUGGCAAAGCGUACAUCUUUGGCGGCAAGAGAGAUGACGGUAAACUCUGCAACAACGACAUCCACGCUGUAUCCAUCGGCGAUCAUCAAGGCGAAGGCGAAUACGCAUGCUACCCAGCCGUAGGCGACGAAGGCCAAAUCCCCUCUCCCCGCAUCAACCACGCCUCCUGCACACGUCGCGACACGCUCAUCAUCCACGGCGGCCAAAGCAGCGAUGACCAACCCGUCGAUGAUGAAUUCGCACUCUGGGAAUGGGAGCCCAAAGCCGCACGAUGGUCUUCAAUAACCGCUGCUGGAAAAGCGCCCCAAGCUCGCUACGGACACCAGAUCUUCUACGAUGCCAAGAAGGAUAAUCUUGUUCUUCAUGGAGGGUUUGAGAAUGGGCAGCGGAGUAAGACGACGUGGUUGUUUGACUUUACGACGCGUCUUUGGCAUCCUUUGCCUGAUGCGCCUGCUGAGCCUUUGGCGGCGCAGUUUGUUGAGGGGACGUUGUACGCGAUUAGUGCAGAGUCGGAUGUUCAUGGGUCGGUGCAUUACAUCAAGACUGGUACGAUCCAGGAUGAAUCUCUCGAGGAGAUUCCGGAGUGGACAACCGUUGACUUCCCCUCCAAUCCUCUCGUUCCCGGUCCGCGUCCCCGCGUCGGCAGCGCUUUGAUCCCCGUAACAACCGGCCACGGACGUCGCUACCUGCUCUACCUCCUCGGCAGCCGUCAAGAUGCAUCAAUCUCCAGUGAUAAAACCUACACUGAAGAACACCCGUUCUACUCCGAUAUGUGGACGCUUCAACUUCCCUCCGAUGGAUACAGUGCUACAAGAGUCAAGGAUGCUAUUCGCGACACGAUUCCAGGUGUUCAGUCGGGAGCUUUUAGUUGGCAUGAGCUUGAGAUUGCGCCGGCGGAGAUGACGAAGGAGGCGGGGAAAGUGCAUCCAGGACCGAGGGGGUUCUUUGGAGCUGAUGGUUGUUUGGACGGGAAGGGGGUUUUGAUGUGGGGAGGUGUUAAUGCGAAGGGAGAGACUGAGGCUGAUGGAUGGUUGUUGAAGAUUUCUUAG